AUGUCUUUUCUUGCUCAAUCCCUCAAGCAUCAACGUUCAUUCCGUCCUCCGUCCAUCAUAGCUGGAAGGCACGAUGAGAUGACCGAACUACGAUAUCGCGAUUUUUCCGACCUUCGCGCGCUCAGGCGUGCGCUUGAGCGGCUUGACCUCGAAGUACAGUCUCCGAUCGGCCCCCAGCGACAGACCAUCGAGGAAGGCCGUCGCUUACUCAGAAGGAAUCCCUUUCGUAUCAUCUCCAGAUCUCCUCCGUCUGAUAUACCGCUGGAAGAAUUUCUGACCUCAGAAGCAGGAGAUGGCUUCGUUCUGGCACUCGGGACGUUCUCUACCCUGGUGCUGAUCGAUAGUCUCGACGACUACUCCGCUCCCUUGAAGGAGGACCAGUCCUUCUGGCGUGACAUCUGCCGUUGGGCUGAUUAUAUGUGCAUGUUCAGUCAUGACAUACGGCUCACUGAGCUGCCAUCACCCCAGAGAAAAAAGCUUUUCGCUGCCACGAAUGAGGCUACCCGCCUUCUCAGAUGCAUAGCGUACCUCGAUUUCUCGCUUUCAAAGGCGAUCAUAUUGUCACCCGAGAUUUCCGCACUACAAACGGCUGUCAGCGUGUACUACUCAUCGGCGACCAAGCUCUACGCAUCUGGGAUGCACGAAGCUCCUCGCGCUUCUUUUGCAUCUGAAUGCGCAUCGGUAUUCCCAAUGCUUCUACGAUCUUUCGCUAUACGGGAGGAACAGCACAUAGCUGCUGCCGGAGUUCGACAUGUCGUCGGGGAUGACCUCCGCCAUCUGCACCACGUCGCAGCCCGGCAUAUCAGGAUGAUCUUGAAGCACCACACCGAACCGACAAUGGCGGUCCAGCUGAUGUCACACAUCUUCUUCGUUCAAACCAUGGCAGUCAGUCCGGACCUGCGCAUUCGCCUACUCUCACGAUGCGUCGUGGGCGCACUGGUGAAAGUCCUACGCGUGUACCACUCGAAGGACUCGACGAACGAUAGGCGUGUGUACGAAACGGCGUACAGGGUGUUGGUCGACUUGUGCAUGCUCGACGCCCGCUACACUGUGCACGCAUUGCAAGAAGGUCUCUUCCACGUUCUUGUUUCCAUCCUUCAGAAGAAUGCACGUAGUGACAUUAGCCAGCUCCUUGACUGCAUUAAGGCCGCUCUCAUCUUUCGAAAGGCGACGCGUACCUUCGACAAGGACAUGCAGUCAGAAGAUAAUACGCGCCCUCUCCCCCGCGAGCUGGAGCAGAUAAUCUCUUUCGCACUCAGGCGUCAAUGGGAACGUAAAAGCGCCGAUGCGGAUUGGGAACGGACGGCGAGGUGCUGCAAUGCGCUGUGCAACAGUGCACGAGCCCUAAAACGACCCCUCUGCGCGCCUGCCCUUGCGCUGAGGCAUUGUACUGCUCCAAAGCCUGCCAACGCCUCCACUGGCGGGACGGAGGACACAGGAACGACUGUCAGCGCAAUGCAAAGUGCGAAGGUCAGACCGAACGAGCGUUCCAGCGGAGCACUGCUGAUGCAUACAGCAGCUCGCAUAAGGGCUCGAGACGUGCACUUCAUCUUCCGUCUCGUUGAUAAAGUCGUUGGCAUCACUUUUCAGAUGAGAGCAGGGGAGAGCCGUUGUGCAUACGCCCACCUGGAAAUCGCAAACGAAUGGCCGCAGCCUCAGUUCAGACCUCUCGAAGGCGGGGAUCCGUCCGAUCCGAGGUUUGUGGUUGACGUCGACGUUCCCUACACCGGGUGGCGAACCCUGACGUGCAUAUUUCGCCCUAUGGAGGCGGAGAGCCAAAAGCGCUUUCACCUUCUGACUCGGGGAUACACCAAUGAGCAUAUAACCUUCAAUGAACCCUGGAUUAACAAUGGCAAUUUUACAGUGCAAUGGCAACAGCGCUACGAAACAGAAUGA